GGGAAGUAAAUCCUGUUGACUGUCCAACCAGGGAGAUAAAUGCUUCUAUGAAAUUAAUUGUUAAUUAAGACGUCGCGAUGGCAGCACGGAAUCUCGGCACCCCCUUUGAUGAAACUUGGCUUCAAAAUGUCUAUAUGAACUUCCCGGCCAUUCAAAGACGUGCUAACACUCUUGGUACACGUCGUUCUGUGAAGAAACAAUGGCAGGCUGCCUGGUUGCUCAGAGCUGUAACCUGUAUAGAUUUGACCACUUUGUCUGGUGAUGACACUUAUUCCAAUGUUGACAGACUUUGUUUUAAAGCAAAACACCCAAUCCAAACUACUUUACUCAAAAGCCUUGAAAUGCUUGACAAAGAUAUUAGAACGGCUGCUGUUUGUGUUUAUCCCAACCGAGUGGCUGACUGCAUCAAAGCGCUAAAGAAAGCAAAUGCUUCCAACAUUCCAGUCGCAUCUGUGGCCACUGGAUUUCCAACAGGACAAUGUGGCCUUCAAAGCCGGCUGCAAGAAAUCAAGCAGGCUGUUACUGCUGGUGCCACUGAGAUUGACAUUGUCAUCAAUCGACAACUGGCUCUUACUGGUGACUGGAAAGGUGUCUAUAAUGAGGUGAAACAGAUGAGAGAAGCUUGUGGAGACGCUCACCUGAAAGCCAUCUUAGCUGUUGGAGAACUUGGAAGUAUGGUGAAUGUUUAUAAAGCAUCUGUUGUCUGCAUGAUGGCAGGAAGUGAUUUUAUCAAGACUUCAACUGGUAAAGAAAGUGUGAAUGCUACUUUCCCAGUAGGAAUUGUGAUGGCCAGAGCAAUCCGAGACUAUUACAAAAAAACUGGAUACAAGGUUGGUUUCAAAGCAGCUGGUGGUAUUCAUUCUGCCAAAGAUGCUUGUACAUGGCUCUCAUUAAUGAAAGAAGAACUUGGAGAUGAAUGGACACAGCCUCAUUUAUUCAGAAUUGGUGCCUCUUCCCUUUUGGGGGACAUUGAAAGGCAGAUUUUCCAUCAUGUUACAGGUCGUUAUGCAGCGGCUUUCGAACUGCCAUCAGCUUGAAUCUAUUAAUCAACCAUCACAAUGGUCUUAUUGAAGUCCGUUGAUAUAAAGCUAUAGAUUUAUUUUUAUAUAACCAUGAUUCAUUACUGGCUGUAUUUAGUAUCUGGCUACAGACACACACUCUUUUCAAAGAUUGUAUUUGUUUUUUUAUAGCUCUUUAUGUUAAAUUUAAAUAUUUUUACAAAAAAGAAAGAAAAAAAAUUAAAUAAAUAUUACAGUUUUUACCUCUGCAAA